UUCUCUAUAGGCUCAAAAAUCCUAGGCAACGCAAGCCCAAAAAUUCUCCGCUCGGCGGCGACUCCUCACCGUCGGUGUAACUCCCCACAAACGCCAUCAAUGGCCGCCAGUCAACGAUCGAUCCAACUCGUCGCGCUUCUCCUCCUGCUUCACCACGCAGAAUGCCUCCGCUUAGCGCAGUGGGGAACACUGAUCUCCCUCUCCCACUCUCUGAUGAACCGCGUAGCCACCGCGCGCGCCGCCCGUGGUGACCACGAUGCCGCCGAUAGGGCGCGCCGGAUUGCCGACAAGAUCCACAGCCUCGGAGGCGGAAGAGGGAUUUGGUCGGCUGGCUGGGAUUACGCUUGGAACUAUGCGUUUCGCGGGGGGAUUCCAUCAGCGGAGACUUACCGAUCUGUAUCCAAGGUCAUGGCGUUGUUGGCAGAGUUUUAUAGAUUGGAAUCGAAUGAAGAAAGAACCGGAUGGUUAUUUAAGAAUUACCCCCGUGUGAUGGAUCAAUCGUCCUUGCUAAGUUUUUUCUCGAGAUCUGGGGUUUUAAGGGAGGCGGUGUUGAUGAUGCAGAAGGAGGUUGUGGAAGGGGAGCUUCUCAGAGACUGCUUGAAAGUGGGCGGGGCUGAUUUGGAGGGGUUGGUACGGGUUGCUAGAGAUAUGCUAUUUUCUUCUUCUUCAUCUUCGAGUCACAGCGAUCUAUAAGCAAGUUGGUCUCCAUCGGAUUUGAGUUCGGAGGUAGGUUCCUAGUCCACCCUUUUUUUUAUAUUUUUUGUAAAAACUUCAAUUUUCAACUUAGAAGAAGGUUAAAAUUCUAUCUUUUAUGUUUGUAAUUAAACUGUAUUCCUCUUUUGAAUUCAACUACUUGUCUAGAAACUUAAGUCUUGUUGUAUUUUGAUAACUGGUAAGGCAAAUGUUCAAAGCCUGGAUCUCAGUAGAGAGUUCUACGUGCUUGCUUGAUAUCUCAAAAAUAUUUUAA